UUCUCUGUCUCUCUCUCUCUCUCAAAAUCAAGAGGAAUCACGCCUGCCAAAGCAAAAGAGAGAGAGGGAGGGGGGUUGGGCUGUAAUAAAGAAUGGAGAAAAAGAAAAGAAGCACAUUGCCAACCCCAUCUUCAUUCACAAAUUGAAGCAAAAAGGCUAAGCUUCUUCAAUUCUCAACCCAAAUGAAACUUCUUUGCUCUCUUUCUUCACCUCUUUCAUACUUCAACUUCCUCUGUUCAUGCAAGAUCCAAAGAACUCGCACACAAGGUAUGCCAACGAAGCCCUGGUAUCAGAGAGCAAUGGAGAUGGCCAAUGUUUGGAGAACCAUUUCCAAGCCAACAGAAGUUCCGACACCGACAGCGAAUGGAGCUGCUCUGUGGAAAAACAUAUCCAAAACCACAGAGAUUUCCACAACAACAACAAAAUGUUCGAAUAAUAAUGUCAAUAGACAACAGAAACUAAGAAAAUGUACUUCCCUCAAGGUGGCUACUUCAUUCACCAGGGUUUGUCUUUGUGCACCAAUAUCUUCCUACAAUGAGGUUUUCAGAGCUGAGCUUCCACCAAGAAGAAGCAAUAGUUAUCCCAGAUCCAAGCCAUUAUCGAACGCCAAUGCCGCCCCACAGGAGAGGAUUCCAAGUGCCAGACAUAGUACAGAAGGGAGAAGAGUAUUCAGGGGAAAAUCUUUGACAGACGAUGUCCUAAUGAGGAGAUUUGUUGUGGAAGAAGAAGCAAUGAUGCAAGUCAGAAGGAGAAACCAAAUGGAAGUCAUAAGGAGGAGAAGCAUGAUGAGAAGGAAGAAGCUUGGACCUAGUCCUCUUAGCAGAAUGGUGAUGGCUGAAGAGGAAGAGGAACUUGAAGAUGAAGAAAGAAAUUUAGUUGAUGAAUUGAUCAAUAUUUGAGAUUAGUUAAAAAUGAAGUUUGCUAGUUUAAACAAUUGAAGUUGGAUUGAUUUCCCUUCUUCAUUUGACAUUUCCUUUUUGGAAUUUUAAAUGGCAUAAUAUAAAUAUAUGAUGAUCUUUUCAUGGGGUAAUUUUUGUGCUUUCUGAAUUCUACAUCAAAUUAUUGUAUUCAAAAGCAACUGGUUGCCUCUAUUUACAAUUUCUUAAGUGCAAUCUACAUAUUUUAAAUUUGUUAAUGCAAAUC